CGCGUUCUCGGGGAGCUUUGCGGGUAGGGUUGCGCGCGACCGCUCCUGCGGGAGGCAGCGAAGGUUUUUAUAUCAGAGGCUGAUGGAGAACUGAAGAACGUCAGCUAUUACAGAGGCCACUGAGACAAUUCCUGUGCUGGAAGACACCGACAUCCUGACAGGAGCAUUCUUUCCUUUGAGAUUUCAAGUUUACAGAGGAUCACCUCUUAAAAGUUGAGGAAACCUUUGGUUUCAGAAACAGCUCUCCUUCAACAAGUUCUGUUUCCAAGGAAAGUCUUAACCAUUUGUCCCUUCUGGCGUACCCUCUUCCAUUGAAAUCCAUGCAGAAUAGACCAGAGAUGGGCAGCAGUGAACCCCUUCCCAUCACAGACGAUGACAGAAGGAAGAAGAAGAAGCGGAAGGCCCGGGCCACUGACUCCUUACCGGGGAAGUUUGAAGAUGUGUACAAGCUGACCUCUGAAUUGCUUGGAGAGGGAGCCUAUGCCAAAGUUCAAGGUGCUGUGAACCUGCAGAAUGGCAAAGAGUAUGCUGUUAAAAUCAUCGAAAAACAAGCAGGGCAUAGCCGGAGUAGGGUGUUUCGAGAGGUGGAGACGCUCUAUCAGUGUCAAGGAAACAAGAACAUUUUGGAGCUGAUUGAGUUCUUUGAAGAUGACACAAGGUUUUACUUGGUCUUUGAGAAAUUGCAAGGAGGCUCCAUCCUAGCCCACAUCCAGAAGCAGAAGCACUUCAAUGAGAGAGAAGCCAGCCGAGUGGUGCGGGAUGUUGCUGCGGCCCUUGACUUCCUGCAUACCAAAGGCAUUGCUCAUCGUGAUCUGAAGCCAGAAAAUAUAUUGUGUGAAUCUCCAGAAAAGGUGUCUCCUGUGAAAAUCUGUGACUUUGACUUAGGCAGUGGGGUGAAACUGAACAACUCCUGCACCCCCAUAACCACACCAGAGCUGACCACUCCGUGCGGCUCUGCAGAAUACAUGGCCCCUGAGGUGGUGGAGGUCUUCACUGACCAGGCCACUUUCUAUGACAAGCGCUGUGACCUAUGGAGCCUGGGCGUGGUCCUCUACAUCAUGUUGAGUGGCUACCCCCCCUUCGUGGGUCACUGUGGGGCCGACUGUGGCUGGGACCGGGGAGAGGUCUGCAGGGUGUGCCAGGACAAGCUGUUUGAAAGCAUCCAGGAGGGCAAGUAUGAGUUUCCUGACAAGGACUGGGCACACAUCUCCAGUGAGGCCAAAGACCUCAUCUCCAGGCUUCUGGUUCGAGAUGCAAAGCAGAGACUCAGCGCUGCCCAAGUUCUGCAGCACCCAUGGGUGCAGGGGCAAGCUCCAGAAAGGGGACUCCCCACGCCGCAAGUCCUCCAGAGGAACAGCAGCACAAUGGACUUGACGCUCUUCGCGGCUGAGGCCAUCGCCCUUAACCGCCAGCUGUCCCAGCACGAGGAGAACGAACUGGCAGGGGAGCCAGAGACACUGGCUGAGGUCCUCUGCUCUGUGAAGCUUUCCCCUCCCUCCAAGUCACGCCUGGCCCGCCGGCGGGCUCUGGCUCAGGCAGGCCGCAGUGGAGACGGGGGACCUUGCCCGACACCCACAGCACCCUGAACCACUCCGGCCAAACCUUGCAGAUCCUAGGCCUGUCCAGGCAUUGCCCCCUAAAAACCUGUGUGGCCAAAGUCUGCCAGAGCAGGCAGCAGGGUCUGCUCCAUGGCUUCGUUCAGGCUUUUCGUCUGUAAAGGCCCUGCGGUUCCCACCCAACCCCCCAUUUCCCCAGGGCCCUGGAGGAAAAAGCUUUUUCCAAAGGGGCUGUCUUUGAAAAGAAAAAGCAAUCACUUGUCACUUUGCAUAAUCGCCUGCAGCAGGAACUUCUCUGCUGGGCUCCACCUGCUCACCCGCCUGCAGAUCCAGGAUCCAGCCUGCUCUCCCGCCACAGCGGCCAGGGCUGCAGCCUUCAGGGAGCCAGCUUUGAGAAGCAAGAAGCAUCCGUUGACAGAGGCUGACGACAAGUGCCUCUUCCCUCCCUGCACUCUCACCCUCCUCUGAUGGUCCUGCCACCUUUCUCUGUCCUCCAAAUGUCCUCUUUGCCUGUCCUCCCCCUUGGCUGAGCAAAGCCAUCUCCUCAAAUCAGAAAAGACUAGGGAACCAUCCUCAUUCUGGGAUCCGGGUCGGUCUUCUGGUCUGUAGCACAGAGAAGCACAUAAUCUUUCUUUGCCGUGACCGAGUUGUGUCCCUCAUUUAUCAUCCUCUUUGUUUGUGAUUGCUGCUAAAGUCAGAAUUAUUUCUUUCUUUUUUAAAAAAGGCUUGCUUUUUUAGCCAUGGUCUUCCAGCAAAGAUGGGGCUGUAAGCUCCACUGCAAGCCCAUGGACUUUCUAGAACAUGUGCUGGCUUGCUGUUCUUUCUGGAAUGUCCGUCCAUUCAUUUGGGUUUUAAUCAGCUGUUCUCUAUUAUAACUGGUUUAAACUGUUACUAUGACGAGCCACUUAGAGACAGUGGAGACAAUGUCAGGGUCUGCUGCUGCAGUGCCCCUCAGGCCUUGUGUGGAGGGUGGCAGAGAUCUGAGCAGGUAGAUGGAGCUCUGUGCCUGAGUGAGGCCAGGUUGGAGGCAGCCCCACUGCCCUGGUCUGAGUGAUGUGGUGCCUGCUGACAAAGAGUAUGAAGGUACAGCCAUUGUCAGAUAAGCUGAAUGGUUGAGUCAUAUGGUGAGAUUUACAUAAUAGAUUUGUAUAUGGCAAACACGUUUAUACAACACAACAAUGCUUUUAUACAUUGAGCUUGUUUGAAUAAAACAUCUAAAUUCUA